AUGGGAGAAUUAAGUUUCUUCCUAGGUUUACAAAUCAAGCAACUGGAUAAUGGAAUCAUGAUACAUCAACAGAAAUAUGUGAAGGAACUAUUGAAGAAGUAUGGUAUGGAAGAUUCAAAGACUUAUCCUACACCUGUACCUACUGCACUUAAGUUAGAUCUGGACGAAAAUGGUAAGAAAGUAGAUGAAACAAUCUACCGAGGUAUGAUAGGUUCUCUUCUUUAUUUAACUUCCAGUCGACCAGAUAUUCUUCACAGUGUAUGUCUCUGCGCCAGAUUUCAAUCAUGUCCAAAGGAGUCUCACUUCAAAGCUGUCAAACGAAUCCUUAGAUACUUAAGAGGCACUAAUAACUUAUAUCUAUGGUAUCCUAAAGGAGGCAACUUUGACUUGAUUGGUUUUUCUGACGCAGAUUAUGCAGGAUUUUUAGUAGAUAGAAAAAGUACCUCUGGAACAGCCACCUUCUUAGGUCCUUGCUUAAUCUCAUGGGCUUCCAAAAAGCAAAAUUCCGUGGCUCUUUCCACUGCAGAAGCUGAAUAUGUUGCAGCCGCAUCUUGUUGUGCACAGGUAUUAUGGGUAAGACAACAACUUAGAGAUUUUGUGUGUUUGAUUGAUAAUGUGCCCAUUAUGUGUGAUAAUACAAGUGCCAUAAACAUCUCUAAAAAUCCUGUUCAGCAUUCACGUACAAAGCAUAUAGAAAUCAGAUAUCAUUUUUUACGUGAUCAUGUAGAAAAAGGAACAUAG